CCUGACUGAUUUUGACAUUGACAGUUCAACAAUCAACACAAAAUUGAACCUUGAAAAAUGUUUAUUUUUUAGUGUUUUUCAAUUACCGAAACCGGUCAUUAUUUCAUUUCAUAUUCUUUUCUCUUUGCCGGUCAUGUUUUAUAAUUGAAUUAUAAAAUAAUAAAAAUGCAGUGCUCCGUUCGUCAUGUUUUACCGACAACAAGGAUAUUUGUUCCGAGAAAUAAACAAGUUAGACAUUUUUGGGAGUAUGUAAAUAUGAUGUUUAAUAAACCAGAUGCUGAUCGAAUCAAACAACUUGGCCCAGAUCGUGCUUGCGCUGAAUGGGUAUUGCGGAAUGGUGGGAAAGUAGUAUGGGAAAGCGGACAGAAAUUAGCUAAUUACAACUUAUUACCACCAGAGGGUCAACCGGUACCAAAAUUAGUAACAAUUGAUGGCACGGACUCUUCUAUUUCACAUUAUGGCUUUCCCCAUUUAAUUGGUUGUGAGAAGUUGAGCAACAUAAUCCUUCACAAUGCCGACUACAUUGAUGACAGAGCCCUAAAAGGCCUUCAUUUUGGACAAAAUACAUUAACACAUCUUCAAGUAUCCAAGUGUGCAAAUGUCACAGAUGAUGGAUUGAAAAGCUUGAUUUCACUUAAAAAAUUAGAACAUCUAGUUUUAUUCAACUUAAUAAGUGUUGAAAACAUAGAAGAAUGUAAACAAUAUAUUCAACAACAUUUGUCCAAUUGCAAAAUAAAAGACUUGAAAGAUGCAACACAAUUGAAUGAAAAACCACAGUAAAAACAAAUAUAAUUAUAUAAUAAUAGUGUGAAGAUUAAAUUGCAUUGUAUAUUUUCUUAUCUUGAAUCAAAUUAAGACUAGUCAACUGUAAAUACAAAGUUGUAAUAUUGA